AGUCUCCACGGGACAGUAGUAUUACGCAAAACUAGUUAUUAUUAGUAUUUCAUUAUUAUUAUUAUUAUUUAUUUAUUCAUCUGCGCUACGUAGUGAUCAUCUUUUCCUUUCGCAACUAAAAUGCUCCGUUCUCGCGUUCUACGGAGCGUGACUGUCGGCCCCGCAAAGAUGCCGGAAACGCUGCCGCCGUGGGCUAUCAAAAAGCGUACUUAUCUGAGUCUGGUCCUCGACCGCUGGGCCGUCAAGCUUCAGCGUGUGGCAACGCAGGUGAUUAAGGUGAGCGACCGUCUCAUGAGCGUGCAGCCAAAAGAAGAGCUGUACCGUAUUCCACGUCUUCUCAAGGUGAACGGUAAACGUCCUUCUGUGAUGGACAACUGCUUUAUCGCCCCAAGUGCGAUAGUUACUGGGGACGUAAAUAUUGGCCGCAAGAACUACAUCGGCUACAACGCCAUUAUCCGCGCUGAGGAGGGCGAGAGCAUUCACCUUGGCGAGAGCUGCAACGUCCAGGAGAAGGCUGUGGUCACCGGAAACACGACAGUGGGCAAAUGGACGACGAUCGAACCGAUGGCUAUAGUGGAGUCCGCUGACAUUGCAUCCUGCUCAUUUGUAGGCGCGAAUGCCAUUGUGAUGAAGGGCUGUAGCAUUGAGUCUGGCUCAAUGCUGUGUGCCGCGAGUGUUUUGCAAGCUGGUGCUGUGAUACCUUCUGGUGAGAUGUGGGCUGGAAAUCCGGCGCAAAAGGUGGCUGACCUCACCGAGAAGGAGAAGGAGGACAUCAUUAAGGCCGCAAAGCAUUCUGUUCUCCUCGCCAUUGAGCACCACGAUUCGUGGGAGCUCACGUGGGAAGAAGUCGAAGACCAGCGUGACGCACGCGAGCUUUUUGCCCGGUAUGCUGAGAGCAACCGCGAGGUGCGCAUCAAGGCAAUGUACAUUAAGGAGCCUCCGCGUCCGAACCGCAAGAAGAUGGGCCGCAUGACGCCGCAGGAACUCUCUAACGGCUCCGAGAAUGUCCCAGCGAUGACGGAAAGCAUUAUCGGCGGGCAUUGA